AUGGAGACGAUUCAAGGAUGUGUAUCUGCAAGGGGGGUCAAAUCGCUAAGCGUUGGGCACGCAAGCCCCGGCAGCUCACUAAAGGAUUCAAAAAGCAGCUCCCCACCAAUACCUUACCUACAAGGAAAUUUCCGUCUCCAGGGCGAUAUAACAGCGUUUGCCCUUCCCUCCUUCUUACUUAGAGUCACCGAAACCCGUCACAUAGAAUGGGUUACGGUGCACUUAGGUGACGCUACUCUCAUGGAAAUGGUGUCCAGCCUACGGCGAUAUUUCUGUCCUACCCGCCAGUACCCUCUGGGUGCCCAAAUCGCAUAG